AUGGAUUUUGAUAGUAACGAUGGAACGAUUGUUAGGAAAAUUCAGCAGAAUAUCGAAGAAUUAGGACAACAAGUACAACACCUCGAUUCUUUCGUUGGUCGCUUGACCGAAAGCGAACAAUGUCGCGAACACUUCAAUCAGUUAGCGCACAAUGCUCAGCAGUUGUCGAAAGAGACCAAUCAAUUAAUGAAACAGCUUGUUCAGCUUAGCAAUGCAAACGUGAGUAAAAAUUAUUUUUCUCAUCUUGAUAUUGAGGAGGAGACCAUCACCUUUCGAUCAUUGCGUAUCCAUCGUGAACGGCUACAAAAUGAAUACAUAGGUGUCUUGAAUCGACUACAAGGCUGUCAAAGGCGUGCUGCUCAAACUGAGAAGGCCAGCAUGCGGAAGAUGCGUGAUGCAGCCGAGCAAGAUGAAGAAGCCGCCAAAAGAUUGGAAGAGGAAGCUGCUGCUCAGGGAAGUCAGAUAAAGCGACAACGU